CAAGGCACGUAUAGGCUUCGCUUUUGGAACCUCAUUUUUACUUAUCACUUGCCAUGCCCCUCAUCAACCUCAAGCCUUUCCUUCUACUUCUUCUCUUCCUCUCCAUUCCAUUCUCUUCAGGUUUGGUUGAAGGGUUUAGGGAUAACAUGUAUCCUACUCAUCAUGUACUUUACAAGGAUGGUGGCAUGAACAUGAAAUCAAGGAAACUGUUUUCCCAUGAAUUUGUGUUGGAUUACGAUGAAGCAGGAGCAAAUCCAAAGCACACAAAGAAGCCUGGCAAGGGCCCUUGAAUAAUAAUGAAUAUGAUACUUUUUUUAGUACAACCCUAAUGAUCACAUAUAAUAUAUAAUAAUAAAAGUUAUGAUAAUAAUCCUAUAGCCCUUAUUUCAAAAUGUUUUGUUAAUGUAUAAUGAGACAUAUGAUAUAUUUAUUAUAGACCCCCGGGACUACUACUUGUGUGAAUUUAGUGACUUACUAUGAGACAAUAAAGUUUUUGAUAUCUUA